AUGUGCAGCAGAGACAGCGAGAGCCGGCAGAGUUGCCCGGCCGCCCCUCGGUGCUCAGCAGCCGGCCAUCCCCAUCGCCUGCGCGCUGCGACUGCGACCCGGGACCGGCGGGGAGGGAGACAGCACCGCCGUGGGGGACAGCCCACGGCGGGGACAGCCCACGGCGGGGACAGCCCACGGCGGGGACAGCCCACGGCGGGGACAGCCCACGGCGGGGACAGCCCGGCCCGGGCGCUCAACGCGGUCCCGUGGCCCUCCCACCCCCGGCCGGCCGCUCUGCGGCCCCGCACUCACAGCGCCGCUGGCCCGCCCACCCCCGACGCGCCGCACGCACAAUCGGCCCCGCACUCACACCGCUGCCCCGCACCGUGGCCUCGCACCCGCACCGCUGCCCCGCACCGCUGCCCCGCACCCCGCACUCACACCGCUGCCCCGCACCGUGGCCUCGCACCCGCACCGCUGCCCCGCACCGUGGCCCCGCACCCCGCACUCACACCGCUGCCCCGCACCCCGCACUCACACCGCUGCCCCGCACCCCGCACUCACACCGCUGCCCCGCACCCCGCACUCACACCGCUGCCCCGCACCGUGGCCCCGCACCCCGCACUCACACCGCGGCCCCGCACCGUGGCCCCGCACCCCGCACUCACACCGCUGCCCCGCACCCCGCACUCACACCGCUGCCCCGCACCCCCGCACUCACACCGCUGCCCCGCACCCCGCACUCACACCGCUGCCCCGCACCGUGGCCCCGCACCCCGCACUCACACCGCGGCCCCGCACCGUGGCCCCGCACCCCCGCACUCACACCGCUGCCCCGCACCCCGCACUCACACCGCUGCCCCGCACCCCGCACUCACACCGCUGCCCCGCACCGUGGCCCCGCACCCCCGCACUCACACCGCGGCCCCGCACCGUGGCCCCGCACCCCGCACUCACACCGCUGCCCCGCACCCCGCACUCACACCGCUGCCCCGCACCCCGCACUCACACCGCUGCCCCGCACCGCUGCCCCGCACCCCGCACUCACACCGCGGCCCCGCACCGUGGCCCCGCACCCCGCACUCACACCGCGGCCCCGCACCCCGCACUCACACCGCGGCCCCGCACCCCGCACUCACACCGCGGCCCCGCACCCCGCACUCAACACCGCUGCCCCGCACUCAACACCGCUGCCCCGCACUCAACACCGCUGCCCCGCACCCACACCGCUACCCCGCACCCCGCACUCACACCGCUGCCCCGCACCCCGCACUCAACACCGCUGCCCCGCACUCAACACCGCUGCCCCGCACCCACACCGCUACCCCGCACCCCGCACUCACACCGCUGCCCCGCACCCCGCACUCACACCGCUGCCCCGCACUCAACACCGCUGCCCCGCACCCACACCGCUACCCCGCACCCCGCACUCACACCGCUGCCCCGCACCCCGCACUCACACCGCUCACCCACACCGCUGCCCCGCACCCCGCACUCACACCGCUCACCCACACCGCUGCCCCGCACCCGCACUCGCCCCGCACUCACGGCGCCGCCGCUCCCGGCCCGCCGCCGCCGCUCCCGGGCCCGCCCCCGGCGCCCUCCGCGCACGCACCGCUGCCGGCCGCGCUCGGUGCCCUCCGGCCCGGCGGCUCUGCGCCGGUGCGGCCGGCGGGAUUAGCCCCGCCGUUAGCGGCUGGAACGGAUGAACGCCUCUUGCUUCCUCUCGGAACCCAUAAUCUCCUCUCGGGGGCUACUGCAGCUUCUGACUAA